CGGAGGCCAGUUUGAAAUUAAACAAGCAGCGUUCAAAGGGUUCGCCAGUCUUAGGUAGUAUCUGAACUUAGUGCUUUGAUUUGAUUGUUUUUUUGACAUUUAUGUAGCGUUUUUAGACUAAAAGUAUACUAAGGUAGCGUUGUCGAAAAGGACUCUAAGUAACAUCUCAGCGGAAAGUCCUUAUGUUUGUAGCUAGCCACAAACGCCAGCUGUGGUCCACUGUCCGACGUAGCUGCUAGCUUGCCGUGAUAGCGUUACCCUCUCUUGGCUGCUUUCGACCCUUUUAGAUUCAGGGUAAAUUAACGGUCAGUGAUUUGCCCCGGUCAUUGUGCAAUAUUAUAUUUAGCAGAUUAUGGACUCUGCUGCCAUGCAAAAGGUGUCUAAAGGCACUAAACUUCAAAGGCCUGAAAUUAAGUCAAUCUGUGAUGGGCCCAAGCGGAUUCCUGUAAUACACCAGUCACAGAUGAUUCAGAAGGCUGUCGUCACACCAACUCAGCAUCAGCGGGUCCUAGGUGUAUCGAAUGGACCUCAGCGCGUUCAGCGGCCCACGAGCUACCAGAAACCAGUGUCAAACCUCUCCAUUACUGCCAAGUCUGCACACCCUGCUGAUCAGAACGUGAACCCCGCUACUCAGAAUGUAAAUCCAUCACCACAGCUCAAACCUAGCACCCAGCAAAACCAGUUGAAGACACAAAUGCCCAAGGUGAAGUCAGAGUUGACAAAACCCACAUCAGAAUCAGAAAAGCCAGAGAAACAGUGGGACAAGCCUCCCAAGAACGAUCAUGCACAAACCUCUGCAUCCAAGAAGCGAUGGAGCCUGGAAAACUUUGAUAUUGGUCGUCCUUUGGGCAAGGGAAAGUUUGGGAAUGUCUACCUGGCCAGAGAGCGGCAGACUAAGUUCAUCUUGGCUCUGAAGGUGCUCUUCAAACAACAGCUGGAAAAGGCCGGGGUAGAGCAUCAGCUGAGGAGAGAAGUGGAGAUCCAGUCUCACCUCAGGCACCCGAACAUCCUGCGCCUCUAUGGCUACUUCCACGAUGCUUCUCGUGUGUACCUCAUCCUCGAGUUUGCACCCAGAGGAGAGCUGUACAGUGAGCUGCAACGCUGUGGACAUUUUCCUGAGGACAGAAGUGCCACAUACAUCAUGGAGCUGGCAGAUGCCCUCAACUAUUGCCACACCAAGAAGGUGAUCCACAGGGACAUCAAACCAGAGAACCUGUUACUGGGAGCCAGUGGGGAGCUCAAGAUUGCAGACUUUGGCUGGUCUGUUCACACACCCUCCUCUAGGAGGUCUACUCUGUGCGGGACACUGGAUUACUUGCCUCCAGAGAUGAUUGAGGGGAAAACCCAUGAUGAGAAGGUAGACCUGUGGAGUCUAGGGGUCCUUUGCUACGAGUUCCUAGUUGGAAAGCCCCCCUUUGAAGCAAAAACCUACGAGGAGACCUACCGCAGGAUUUCAAGGGUAGAGUACUCUUACCCACCACUGGCCAAUAUCAGUGCAGGAGCUAAAGACUUGGUUGGCAUGCUGCUGAAACACAACCCCAUGCACAGACUGCCCAUCCAGGGAGUCCUGUCCCACCCCUGGGUGGUCGAGUACUCAACCAAGAAGCCAACCACCUUGAACAGUGACGAGGCCAGCCAAUGAUCCAAAGGUCUGUACCUGGCAGCGUAUGUGAUGGAGGGUGUACAAAUAUGAAUAUCAGGAUGUAGGUGGUUUAUGGAAAUUUGCUUGUACUCUUGAGACUAUAAAACCACUUCAUGUGGACUUUUGUUUUUGGUCUGCUGACACCUUGAGCCACUAUUUGUUAACUGUUUUUUUUUGUUUUAUUAAUAAAGUUUUAACGUUUUUUG